CCUAUCCCGUCAGAAGCUGGCCAAUUAGCUUGCCCUCAGAAGCCAAAUAGCCCAUCUACAUCAGUUGUUGGUUCUCUGCAACUGCUGCGUCCGGCCGACUUUUCUUCAUCUUCAGUAGCAACAGCAGUGGAGUCGGUUUUAUCACUUGAAUUCCCAUCUGUAAAUGCUGGAGUGCUUCCUUCAUCUGAGCCUUCAGAUAACUUGUUCGAUGACUGCCUUACUUUGAAUGCCUUUGUUAACACAACGCAGCUUCCAGCAAAACAGGACGCCGACAGCUUUUUGAACGACAAUGAUAUUGAAAGGGUGAACUCUGACGAAAAUGAACCUCCGAGAUUAAACGCACAGCCCGAGCUGGUCUUUGUUACUGAAUUCCUUCCGGCUAAGCAACUGCAGUCGGGUCCAGCCUUCUCUAUGGCUUUAGACGGGCUUAUCUCUCACCAAGCCCCAAAUCCAUCCGAGUCGUCUAACGAACCGAGUACUUAUGCGCUAAGGCUAAAUCUUGCUUGA